AUGGCGGACAUGACGCAAACACAAGAAUCAAGUAAAAGAAAGUCUGAAGAAGAAGAAAAAACAAUAGUGCGCACAAAGAAACAUAAAUCAGAUGAGACCAACGCAGAAGAAAGCACAGAUGAGAUCAUCACAGAAGAAAGCACAAAUGACAUCAUCACAGAAGAAAGCAAAGAUGAGAUCAUCAUAGAAAAUAUCACAGAUGAAAUCAUCAUAGAAAUUAGCAAAGAUGAGAUCAUCACAGAAGAAAGCAAAGGUGAAACCAUCACAGGAGAAAGCACAGUUGAGAUCAUCACAGAAGAAAGCAAAGACGAGAUCACCACAGGAGAAACCAAAGAUGAGAUAACCACAGAAGAAAGCAACGAUGAGAUCAUCACAGAAAAUAGAAGCAACUCCUCGCAACCACUAUUUUCAGCAAGACACAGUCAUUCUCCUCUCCCAGGAACUUCAGCACAAGCAGAAGUAAAGUUAGAGAUUAAGUGUAAAAUAUGUUCUACAGCAGAGGGUGGAGAGUGGAUAGCCUGUGAUAACUGUUCACAAUGGUUGCAUCGUACAUGUGCAGGACUUAAACAUCAUAUGAAGUGGAAGAAGUUCACAAAAACAUCAGCAAAAUUUUACUGCAAAUUAUGUGUAAAGGAAUUUAUACUAGCUUACAAAAAUAAACAGAACCUUUAA